UUUCCAACCCCAAAGAUCCAAUUUCCCCUCUCUCUCUCUCUCUCUCUCUCUCUCUCUCUCUCUCAAGUAGCCAACUUGGAAGAGGAAAAAGGAAGAAGAGGAGGGCGGAGAACGAAAGCAAAAGAUCCAAAUUAAUGGUGGGUUCCCCUUUCCCACUCUCUCCUUCAUCUUUUCCUCUCCCCUUUUGAACUUCUUCCUCCUCACUUUAUUUCUUCUUUUUGAUCAACUGGAGUUCACAUAUAAUUCUCGCCUUCACUCUUAAGCUAACACCACACCUAGCCCAAGCCGCUUUACCAUUACAACAACAAAUGGAGGAAGAAUUGGAAGUGGCGGGGAGAUGGGAAGGGUAUGUGGAUUGGAGGAACAGGCCUGCGAUUCGAGGCCGCCAUGGCGGCAUGCUGGCUGCUUCCUUUGUUCUGGUUGUGGAGGUGCUGGAGAACCUGGCGUACCUGGCGAACGCGAGCAACUUGGUGAUGUACAUGUCAGAGUACAUGCACUUUUCGCCCUCCAAAUCGGCAAAUAAUGUCACCAACUUCAUGGGCACGUCUUUCCUUUUGGCCCUCCUCGGCGGCUUCCUUUCCGACGCUUUCCUCACCGCCUAUCAGAUCUACCUCCUAAGUGCCGCCGUUGAAUUCCUGGGUUUGGUGAUCCUUACAAUCCAAGCUAGGUCACCAUCACUACAACCAGCAACAUGCACCCCAGGAAGCAACUCAUGCCAGACGGUUCACGGAGGGCAAGCUGCCAUGCUCUUCAUCGGCCUCUACUUAGUAGCCCUCGGAGUCGGCGGGAUCAAAGGCUCGCUCCCUCCGCACGGCGCCGAGCAAUUCGACGACAACACGCCCAAGGGAAGGAAGCAGAGAUCCACCUUCUUCAACUACUUCGUCUUCUGCCUCUCCACCGGCGCCCUAAUCGCCGUCACGUUCGUCGUCUGGGUCGAAGACAACAAAGGUUGGGAAUGGGGGUUUGGCAUCUCCACCAUUGCCAUCUUCCUCUCCAUCCCAAUCUUCCUUUCUGGCUCCUUUACCUACAGAAACAAAAUCCCCUCUGGCUCCCCUCUCACCACCAUUUCCAAAGUUUUGAUUGCGGCAUCAAUCAACCGAUGUGUGAACAAAACUCCAAGCAAUGCAAUAGUAAACUUGGCUGCAAGCCCAUGCAACCCUCCUCCACCACCACCACCACAACAACAACAACAACAACAAGCAUCAACAACAACAACAAAGGAAUCAACAACUGAAAAUGGAGUUAGCCAUCCCAAUCCCAAUCCAAACCCUAAUCCGGAAACCCUAACAAAGAGCCUCAGCUGCCUGAACACCGCCGUGAUGAGCAAGCCGUUCGAAUGCACGGUCCAACAAGUGGAAGACGUGAAGGUGGUGAUCAAAGUCCUCCCCAUCUUCGCCUGCACCAUCAUGCUCAACUGCUGCCUCGCCCAGCUCUCCACCUUCUCCGUCCAACAAGCCGCCACCAUGAACACCAAGCUCGGCUCCUUAAAAGUCCCGCCGGCUUCCUUACCAAUCUUCCCCGUCGUCUUCAUCAUGAUCCUCGCCCCGAUCUACGACCACUUCAUCAUCCCGUUCGCCAGGCGACUCACCAAAACCGAGACGGGCAUCACCCACCUCCAGCGAAUCGGGGUCGGGCUGUUCCUCUCCAUCGUGGCCAUGGCCACCGCCGCACUCGUGGAGAUCAAGAGGAAGAGAGUCGUCGCCGUCGUCGCCGCCACCACCGUCGACAAAGAGCCGCCGCAUCCGCUGCCGAUCACUUUCUUCUGGAUAGCGUUUCAGUACUUGUUCUUGGGUUCGGCGGAUCUCUUCACGCUGGCGGGGCUGUUGGAGUUCUUCUUCUCCGAGGCGCCUUCGAGCAUGAGGUCGCUGGCCACGUCGCUGUCGUGGGCUUCGCUGGCGAUGGGGUACUACCUCAGCUCGGUGAUCGUGUCGGUGGUGAACGACGUGACUAGGUUGUCGGAUCACAAGCCGUGGCUGUCGGGAGGGAACAUCGACCACUAUCACUUGGAGAGAUUCUACUGGCUUAUGUGCGUGCUUAGUGUUUUGAACUUCUUGCACUACCUACUCUGGGCUUGUCGCUACAAGUACAGAUCAGUAUCGUCGUCGCCGCCGUCAACAACUGCAGCUUCUAGUGAGUGAGGAGGAACAAUGUGGUUGAGGUUAAAGAGAAAGAAAGGCAAUUUAGAGGGUUUUUUGGGCGAGAAAGUCUUUUUUGGCUUAUGAUAAUAUUGUACAUAAGUUAAGAGCCAUAGGGAGGAAAGUCGGGGAGGAGGAGAAGAAAAAAGAAAGAAAUUUACGUGGCGCUGGCUGAUUAUGGGAAGUUAACCUGGUGCCAGCGGGCAAUGGAUAGGGAUUUUUUUUUUUUUUGGGUAUUUGGGCCUUAAUUUGUAGUGAAUAGUGAUAGUUCUUCUUUGGCUUUAAAAAUGUAAACCCCCAAUGUUUUUGUCUUCCUGGACAAUUUGUUUUUCAUCACUGUUCGGAGUAGUUAGCUAGCUUUGCCACGUACCAAAGUUUUUUACAGGAUCGAAUAAAUAAUUGUGUUAUAAACGCGCUGUUACGGAUCGAGAAAUCGUCGGAAUCGAUAAAGUAAGAAUAUGAAA